CACAUUUGCGUCGUUGUCGACUCCUUGGCCCCCGAAUCAAAUUCGCGCCUCAAACGACGUCGGAUUUGCGAGUUCGUUCGGGUAGGGCUUCAAAUUCACUGGCCCUCCUCGUCGCGACGAUGGAUUUCAAAGGCUAUAGUCGCUCUUCCUCGCCGAUGGUAGAUUGUGUCCAUCGCCGCCGGUCGGUGGUGCGUGGUCAUGGAUUUCAUCGAAGUGGAAACAAUUAAACCACACUGUAAGCUCGAUUUGUGUGCCGCACUGAGAGACGCCGAGGCGUAGGGCGGGAGUCGGAAUCAUUUCAGCUUGAUUCUCUCUCUCGUUUGGUUUUGCGUUUCGUAGGCUUAGACUAGUGUCGUUACGGGGAUUCCUUGUCCGUUGUUGUCGCAGGGGGUUUUGUUUCUCCCCGUGCAUUAGUUGCCAGCUUGCUGCUGGUGCUCAUUCAAUGCAAGGGUCCGUUUCCGGUGGCUGAAAAGUGUGUGUUCGGGUUAAAGAGGUAGUAGUCUAGGGUAGUUGUGGAUGUGAGAAGGGGGGAGGCGUUUGGAAUUGGCCGUUCAGGAGGUGUUACCCUGACGGCACAUCGGGUUGUUUGUUCCCCCACGCGGAGCGGGAUUACCGAUCCGCGUCGUCUUCGUUGUGGUGGGGAGCUAGCCAGGGGCGGUCGGAGGGUCGUGGAUUUGAAGUUUGCCUGUAGUGCCGUUCUUUGCGGGCGGGCGUCCGGCGGAAUUUCACGACGAUGGAAAGCCGUGAAGGAAACCAUAUUCUUGAGUUCAUUAUCCUGGAAUGAGAUCAGUUUCACGACAUUGUUAAGCUCUUUUUAUCGACUACCCUCUGGUUUAGAUGGCGAGACACUAUUUAUCUUUUCUUCGGAAUGAAUCAUCUUGAAUCGCAAAGACCUUUAAAUGUUUUUAUUCAAUGCAUGGACUGUUCACGAUGAUGGUGACUGGUGGGAGUCGUUGUGAUCUCCUGCAAAGCUGUUGUCAGGCUCCACCAUAUUGUGGAUUAUCGAGCAACGAGAAUCUCGAAGUAUCUCAGAGGAGCAAGGAAUGGCACACGAGCGUAUUCAGGAAAGAGAAUCUAAGAAUUACUGGACUUGUUAGAACAAGAAUCAGUUGUAGGAACUUGCCGACAUGCAAAUACCAAUCCUGUAUAUUGUGCGUGAACGGAAGCUGUACCAGCGUCACUGGCUCAGAAUCAGGAGUAUCUCUUAGCAGAGUGGUGGUUAGUACAAAUCUGAUAAGAAGACGUGGAAUAUGCAAUCAAGUCACAGUAAAGAGACGCUGGAUAAGGUGUUACGCGAAUGGUGUAUCAAGGGAGGAUGAUAAAAAUGGAGGGGGAAGCAGGGGUCAUGGUGGAAAGCAAUCCGGUCCUAUUGAGAGUACCUCAUCUUGGACAAAUAGUGUUUCGCUAGAUUCAGGAGAAGGUAGCGAACCGAAGAAUUUUUUGCUAACUAACCCCCCAUACGGAGGGGGAUUGGAGGUUGGGAUAUCUAAUUCAGAAUAUCAAAAGAUUCAGGAUUUAAGAUUUUCGGGCGACAUAUGGGAGAACGACUCAGGACCUCAGGUUUUGGAUUUACAGAGAACAUUAUACUGGUUCGGUUACCUCCCAAAUCGUACAGCAUUGACAGCUUAUUUUGGACCAGAGACAAAGAAAGCAUUGCAGCAGUUUCAGAUUGCGCAUGGCGUGCCGGCCACUGGUGCAUGGGGAUCCUCAUCUCGACAAGCUUUGUGGAAGCUACUCAGUGAAGACAGGUCUUCAUUUUCUGAGGGAAGCAUUGUUCACGAUGAUUUUCAACUUCCGGAUUCUACUUCGGUAGACGAAGUUAAUGCAGGAGGUGCAGAUGUUCGCAUACGUGUUUCAGAACUGAUGAACAGCAUGGGUGGGCACAGUCAAGAAUUUAUGUCAACCUUGUCUUCUGCUCUACACUGGGGACAUUUGCCAGCCAAAAUCCCUAAAAGUGCUGCAAUAUUUGGACUAUUCUUAGGGGUGCUGGUGGCUCUAUUUGGUCUUGGAUACUCUGUCGUAGGGUUGUUUCAUGGACAACGUGGGCAACCUGUAAGGCGAAGGCUGUUAAGAGCACAUUGGCGUGAUGACUUAAUUGGCAAAACCUCGACAAAGCCAAAAAGGCACCUUAACGUUUUCCUAGGCUUAGAUCUGCCUCCAGUUGGAGAAGGAAAUUUCAAGUAUAAGCUUCGUUCAAAGUCAAAUCCUAGUUCAACGAAUGGUGUUGGGCGUACAGAUCGCUUGAUAUUGUAUGAAGGACAGGUAUUAACUGGAGAUGAAACACUUGGUCAUGCGCAUCGUUUUGUGACCGACCCAACGUCUCGCCGUGGUUCUGGAAGGACUUCUCAAGUUCCUCCCAAAGCAAAGACAUCCUCAUUUUCUUUACAAGAAUCGACAGACAAAACUAUGCAAAAAUCAGCAAGUAACGAGAGACUCCCUGCAUUACGCGAGAAAAUUUCUCAAGAUAGUCAGAUUCCCUUCAAUGGGUUGACUAAUGCGCGCAAUCGAGAUUCCAAGGCUUUCAAGAUGGGUGGCAACCGAUGGCGGGACGAGGAUGAGCAGGACUUUAAAGACCGUGUGGAGGAAUUGCGCAAGGCAGUGCAGGCUGCGGAAAAGAAUCGGCAGGCGGCUAUGCGAGCUUUAGCUGAAGAACGUCAACGUAGUCUCGAAUUGCAAGUUAAAAUAAGUCGCCAGAAAGAAACAGCAGCUGCUCUUGAAGAGGAAGUUCGGGUCUUGAAGGAAUCUCAUGAUGCAUUGCUGGCAUCUUUGCGGAAGAAGUAUAGCUCUUCUGUGGCAGCUCGGGCUGCUGCUGCUCUUCUCUACCAAAAUUGGGAUACAGAGUACGAAGAAGGCAGUCCUCAGACGCUAUCCAACUGAUUUUGUACUGUGCAUGUUUGUAGGAAAUGAUGUCACCUGUAUCUACCACAAGAUUUUGUUUGUUUAUUUAUUUUCCUUCACUGGAACAUUGGGUAGAUGUGUCACUGAGUGCUAUGCAUAUGGGUCAGUUUUAUCCAUGGGAGGCAUCCCAACUGUAUGUACAAUAUUCUAUUAUUUGGGUCUUUGAAUGGUAUUUAAAGCCCACUUCAGUAGGUUUUCAGGUAAAGUAAUAAAGCCCAAUUCAGGCUUUUAUGCUUGCAGUUCUACUGCCAGUCCCCUUUUAAUUGCUCUUGAA